CAGCUGCUUUGGAGAGAAGAAAGGCUCCGAUGAAAGAGGCACUUUUCUCUGGUGUUUUGGGCACGGAUUAGUUUGAAGCCAAGAGCUGGCUGUCCUCAUCUCCACCUCCAAAGGUGUAGCUCCUGCAGCACCUCCAUCAGCGAGUGCUGAAAGCCGUGAAGGUUUCAGGCGGGCCACAAAAAACAGCUGCCAAGAGCAGGGCGCCCUCCCUUCCCGGAAAGCCAGGAACCCCCAGCGCUCCCUCCUCCCCGGGGUGCGCUCGGGGCUCCCUCACAGCUGGCAUCCCGACUACGAACCAGGACCUUCACCUCGAGCUGAAGCUGGCGGCUUUCGGCUCUGUGCACAGCCCGGGAGGGGACGGGAGCUUGCUGCCCCGCCGGGACACAGGCACGCCGAGCAGCGAGCCACGCUCUCCCCGCGGAGCACGGAGGCGGCGGCGAGCAGAUAAAAAGAUGAAAGCCUCGGUCAUGCUUUGCAGCAAAUUUCAUGUAACACGCGAGGGGAACUGAAGCAGAAACCAAAGCCAAGGCAAAGCAGCAUCUGACCUUGUCACUGGGGGGCAGAAAACAGCCGCUGCUUCCACUGGUGCUUCGAUCAAGCUCCCUGGGCAAUGUGGAAUUGCAGAGAGCUCACAAAGUGCAAGUUCCCUCCAGGUCCGUGGCGUGAAUAAAAAUUGUUAAUUCUUGGCUUGAUUUGUCAUCCUUUGGGGGAAAAGAAAGGUAUGUCAGACUGGCCAUUGUGCAGUUAGACCGAGCACAACUGGAAGUGGGUUGCUCCAGAGAUGAGAGUGACUGAGGCCAGCAAAGCCAAGGAGAAGCCUGUUCAACUGCACAUCUACCCGGGAUUCCUUGGAGAGGUGAUAAAGUGAGUGAUAAGGCAAAGUGGGAGUUAUAAAGUGGAUGCAACAGCUCCAGCAGAACUUCUCACUGCCACGUACGCUCGUUACAAAGCAACUAACAUUAUUUGGAAAUCUAUUUGAGGAAAAAAAUGCACUUUGAGCGUCUCUGCAGUUCUUGUGUCUGAAGCAUUGAUCAGGAAAAUCACCAGCACAACACCAACAAAAGAGAGGAGAAUAUGGUGAAGGCAGCUAAGGAAAUUGAAAUGGAGAACCCAAGAGAGGCAGAGACUCCCAGCACAGGGGCCACAUGUUCCCCCCCAGAGGAAGAAGCAAAAAAACCCUCCAUGCUCUGUUUUAAGAAGCGGAAGAAGUCCUGUAAGAAGGGGCUGACUGUGAAGGAUGCGUGUGAAGGAGCCUCAGAGGAGAAAAGCCAAUGUGUCAGCGCUGACCAAGAGGAGGCCAAAGCUUCCAAUCCACCACGAUCCUCCAAAGGAACCUGGGCAGCCAUCAAAAACCUUGCCAGGCCUCAGAGAAGGCAGAAGUCCUCCUCACGGAAGAAGGUGCCCUCUGAUUCCCAAGUGCAGCUGGAGGUGGAUGCUGAGGAGAGCUGUGCACAAGACCUGCCAAAGAAACGGGCGAGCUCUGGGGUGAAGAUGCCCUGCGUGAGGUUCUCCAGAGGUAAGAAAAAGCCCAGCCCCUCAGAAGCAGUGGAGGAGUCAGAGGGCAGCGUUCAAGCAAAUGAAGUGAUGGGUGUUGUGAAUAAGGCUAGUGAAGAGCCAGAGGAUUUGGCCCCGACAGACAAAUCUGAAUCCCUGAGCCCAGUCUCUGCACAGCUGGAGCAGGAUACGGCCAAGCAGGAGCAGCAUAGAAUGAAGGAGGACCAGGAUACAGUGAAAGAGGACCAGGAUACAGUGAAAGAGGACAGCCAUACAGAAAAGGAAAGUGACACCUCUGUUGGGAAGAGUGAGCCCUCAACAGAGCCCACACGUGAUGCAGAACAUUCGGAGUGCACUGUUCAGUUGGAGAUAACCAGUUCAGAGACAUUUGAUGAAACAGCCCAGGACAAACUGCAGGAAGGGAGUCUGCCCCAAACCACUGAUGAUGUGGAGGGCAGGGACAUUGCUCCCGAAGCUGCUUCUAAAGAUCAACCUGACAAUGCCCCUGAAAUCACAGAGUGGCAGGAAAUGCCUCAUAUCUGCAAAGAGAUGCCUGAAAGGGAUGAAUUGGAAAAGAGCAUAAAUCUUUCUAAGGAGUCCAAAGCCGAGGAGUCUGUAACUGAUUUUAGUGAGCUGGCAUCUGGAGGUGAUGCAGCGAGUGUGCAGGAGGCAAUGAGUGUGAAGGAUGCAGAGAGUGUGCAGGAUGCAGUGAGUGUGAAGGAUGCAGUGAGUGUGAAGGAUGCAGAGAGUGUGCAGGAUGCAGAGAGUGUGAAAGAUGAAGUGAGUGUGAAGGAUGCAGUGAGUGUGCAAGAGGCAGCAAAUGUGCAGGAUGCAGCGAGUGUGCAGGAUGCAGUGAAUGUACAGGAUGCAGCAAGUGUGCAGGAUGCAGUGAGUGUGCAGGAUGCAGUGAGUGUGCAAGAGGCAGAAAAUGUGCAGGAUGCCAUGAGUGUGCAGGAUGCUAUGAGUGUGCAGGAUGCAGAGAGUGUGAAGGACACCGCGAAUGUGCAGGAUGCAACAAGCAUGAAGGAUGCAGCGAGUGUGCAGGAUGCAGAGAGUGCACAGGAGGCAGUGAGUGUGAAGGAUGCAGUGAGUCUGAAAGAUACAGCAAGCUUGCAGGAUGCCACAAGUGUGCAGGAUGCAGCAAGUGCCCAGGAUGCAGCAAGCAUGAAGGAUGCAGCAAGUGUGCAGGCGGUAGCAAGUGUGCAGGAUGCAGCGAGUGUGCAGGAGGCAGUGACUGUGCAGGAUGCAGCAAGUGUUAAGGAUGUAGUGAGUGUGCAAGAUACAGCAAGCAUGCAGGAUGCCACAAGUGUGCAGGAAGCAGUGAGUGUGCAGGAGACAGCGAGUGUGCAGGAGACAGCAAGUGCCCAGGAUGCAGCAAGCGUGGAGGAUGCAGCAAGUGUGCAAGAGGCAGUGAGUGUGCAGGCUGCAGGAAGUGUGGAGGAUGCAGCGAGUGUGGAGGAUGCAGUGAGUGUGGCAGAUGCAGCAAGUGUGGAGGAUGCAGCAAAUGUGCAGGAAGCAGUGAGUGUGCAGGAGACAGCAAGUGCCCAGGAUGCAGCAAGCGUGAAGGAUGCAGCAAGUGUGCAGGAUGCAGCAAGUGUGGAGGAUGCAGCAAGUGUGCAAGAGGCAGCAAGUGUGCAGGAAUGCUCCAGCCAUCAGAUACUAGAAGCAAGUGCAGGUGCUGGUGUCAGCAUCGUCAUCACCAUCACCGAAGCUGAGGACUCUGACAACACUGACUCUGACCAGGCCUAUGAGCCGUCCCCAGUUUUGCACCAAAAAAAGCAAAAAGGGAAUAAAAAAUCAAACAGGAACGCUGACGUUGGCCAAAAAGAGGGCCCUGAGGCUGGUGGUGGUCCCCAGGCAGAGGAGAAAGGUCCGGGUGACCAGGGGCACAGAGCUGGGGAGCAGUACGAGCUGCUCCUCAUGGAAACCGCCUCCUCCCUCGUGAAGGCGGCCAUUCAGUCAUCCAUAGAGCAGCUGGUCAACGAAAUGGCCCUGGAACAGAACAGGCACAACAGCUUCCUGUGAUGGCAGCCUUGCCCCAGAGAGAGAGGGCAGAGAGAGUGAUUUCAAGCUCCAUUUGGCCUGCGGGGUGUGUGGAGAGCUGGGAGAGCUCCCGGUGAAUUCUGUAGUUAAUUCUGCAUGCCCGUUCAGUUGUGUCCAUGUGAAACAGAUCCCGGGACGUGGGCAGACCCCGCUGGGUGCAGCGUGUCCCCUGGGGCUUCAGACAGCGCCACUGACCACAGCUGCGGAAAAAUUAAGGUGUUACAGUGACUGUAUUUUCACAUUUAUGUCAAGGCCACGUUUCUGCUGUCACCCACGCCCUGUUUCCCCGCUGUUCAUGCUGUAGAUCUGUACAUACCAUGUGUUGGAAGAAUGGCCCUGAGAGGCAGCGAGUGCCCGACCUGCUGCUGGGCUGGACUGGGGCACGCUGAAACAGCUGGAGGCUUUAUUGCCGAUGAGGAAGAGCCAAGUGUCUGCAAUAUUAACAAGAAAACAUCGGUGCCAGGCUGCGUUCUGUGCUGUGAGCCGGCCCUCGCCGCCGUCUCUGCUGUGGCACGAAGCCGGCGGCUUCCAGCGAGCUCUCUCCUUCCUCUCCCCGUGUCGGGAGCAGCCUGUGCAUCUCCAGACACGCCAAAGCUCAAGCUCAGCAUCAGCCUGGCCCCGCUGACCCCGGGCUGCGCGAACGCCUCGUCUGCUGGGGGAGCCUUUCCCGCACCACUGAACUCCACGGGAAAAAUUCCCUGCGGCAUCCCGGGCGUGGGCUGGGCGGGAGCAGCCCUGCCGCAGGCAGCCCCUCUCCUCCCUCCCUCCAUCCCUCCGUCCCCACGCCGGUGUCGUGCUGAAGCUCUCCUCAGAUGUAGCAUAUUUUUUUAUACAUGGCAUGUGAUAUAAAUAGCAGUGAGCUGCAUGCGUGAGCAGUCGGCGCGGCUCGGGAGGCUGCCGGCAUCGCUGUGGUUCGCUCGGAGCAUCCCCGGCUCCUUGAGCUGCCCUGCCCGAGGGGUUUGCACCGAGCAGAGUGUGUGUGUGUGAGCAUCACCUCCAGCUGGCAGCACUCCGGGAGAAAGGGGCCUUUUAGUGACCCGGGACUGCAUCUGCGUGGCUGGGAUUUGUGUCCAGCUGUGGGCAAGGCAGAGUGUUCCUCUGAGAAAAUUCUCCUGCGUGUCGCUCAGCCGGCAUAGAAAUAGCAGCUGUGCUUGGCAAUUGCUCACCAACCAUGAGAUGAGAUUUCCCUUCCCAGCACAGACUUUGGAUUCCUGCUAAAAUACAAGGGCUGUACCUGUCCCUCGUACCUGGUGCACAAAAAGAUGUUUUAAACCUUGAUAAAACAUCUUGAUGUCACGAGAGGACUGCGAGCAGCGAGAGCCACAGCUCAUCUCUGUGCAAGUAAAACUUAAAAAACCCCAGAGGGUGGUAAAGAAAAAAAAAAAAGUCUUUUUUUUUUUCCUGUGAAUUUGUUUAUUAAGUUAUCAGCUAUUGAUAAUUCAGUGUGUACAAUUUUAAUGGCUUUGUACUUCAUACUGGUCCUUCCAGGUAUUUUGCCAUACUUUUGGAAAAGGGACUUUUAAAGGACUUUUAGAUGUACCUUUGGAGCUGCCACAGCACCCCGGGAGAGCCAUCCUGAUGCUGGGAGAGGCUUCUGGGGUUACACUGGGCACUGUGGCAGGCUGGUGCUGAGCAAAGGGCACCAGCAUUGCUGUGGGAUCCCACUGCAGUCAGCUGCAGAGGAGGAUGCCCAAGCUUUAGUAAAUAAACACAAAAUUAUCCCACGGGGCCAGGCUGUCAUCCUCUGUCAGCCUGCUGAGCUGUUUUGGGAGGAUUUGGUGUUAUUUCAGUAUUGCCUUUUAGGUGAAACACAUCUUCAAAAAAGGAGGAGAAUGGCAGAAAUGCCCAGGCCAGCCCUGCCCUGUGACUUGCUCCAUGUCAGGGGUUGGGUUUGCAUCCUCUCUUGUAUCUGGUUUUCCCUCAGUUAUAGCUGUACAUAGAACUGAUGAUUAUUUCAUUAAAGCUGAAUGUACCUGUUGUUUUCUCGCCUUGUGAUUGAGUGGGCAGCUAUGGAGAGAUUUUAUAUGUGAAAGGAUUAACUCACAGUGGUGCUCCGUUGUGUCCAGCUUUUCCAGGCAGCCAUACAGUGAGCAGAGAGAAAUCUUAAUGUUGGUGGCAGAUCCAGAUUCUUUGGAGGUUUGCUCCUCCUCUGCCCUUUCUGUGACAUUUCCUUUUGGUUGCUGGUCAGACAUUUCUGCUACAGAGUCCUGGCUGCCCAGGGACUGCUGUAAGGAAUUUGUGAGGGAUCACAAAUCUCUGGCAGCUGAGAAAAGCCAUCCUGCUGCCCCAUGGUUAAAUUCCCUAUUAGACACCCUGAGGAAAUGUCUGAGGCUCUGCAGGCUGACAAGGGUGGUGCUGACAGUGUUCAGCUUGGAGCUGGAUUUUGGGAGGGGGAGCAGCACAUUUGAUGUUUUGGCACUUUCUGGGGCAGAUGAAAUCAGUCCCACACUCUAAUUGUUUUUUGGGGUUUUUUAAAUAGCAUCCUUCAUAUAAUUUCUUGAGACAGUUUAAAACAUACACAAAAUACAGGGGAAAGGAGUUACAAAUUUUAAAUAGUAUUAAUACUAUCUAUUCUUUCAGGUUUACAGAACAAAAUAUAGGUUCAUAACAACUGCUAAUGACUUAAUUAAGACUGUCUACUCCUUCCUUAUGAUUAGAGAGUAGAGCAUUAAUAAAACAUUUAUUCUUUCGUAGAAGGAAUGAUAAAUUUACUGUUGUAAAGAGUGCUGGGAACCUGUGAGGGUGUGGCUGUGACAGAGCACCAAAGGGUGGCCUGACUUUAGGACCAUCAUCCUCACCAACAGCUAAAAUAAUCUGGAUUUACCAUAGAAUCACAGGAUCAUUCAGGUUGUAAAAGACCUCUAAGGUCUCCAAGCACUGCCAAGGCCACCACUAAACUGUGUCCCCAAGUGCCACAUCUACAUAUUUUUUAAAUCCCUCCAGGGAUGGCGACUCCACCACUGCCCUGGGCAGCCUGUCCCAACGCUGGACACUCCUCUCAGGGAAGAAUUUUUUCCUGAUAUCCAAUCCUUUUUAUGGCUCUAUUAGGCUUGCUGCUGAGCUGUCUGGCUCCUUACCCAGAAAUUCAUUGCUUGCUGCCCUCUGAAUUAUGGAAGUGGUUCUUCUGCUCACCCCACAGCCUGUGCUGCUGCUUUUGUCCCAGGUGUUUCCAGUGCUCUCCUCAGUGGGGACAAUUCAGCUCUGUAUCAAACAAGCUCCCUAUCCCUGCUUUGCUGUGUCAUUUUGAAUAUUUUCAUCUCCCACAGCUUUUUUAUAUUAGCAGCAAAGAAAAGGGUGUUUAAAUAGCAUAACUCAUACCCAGAAAGGCUUCCAGGGGGAUAAAAAGCUUUUCUGUUAAGUCAACACUGAGCCCAGCAGAAAACAAGUGUAUCCAUUGAAAAGUUCCUUGUGGAAACUGCCAGUAGACAGUGAUGGCACAUACAAAUAUUGCAUUUUCUUUCCUGCCCUGGGACACCAGAAAUGGAUUAGAAAUGCACUGGGGCAGAUCUCCAGCUGCUGAAGGUCAUGGCAGCUCCACAGGCUUCAAAGGACUGACUCUGCAGCAGCCAGGAGUGUGGUGUUUGAAUCCAAGGCGCAAUCCCUGCAUCAGUCAUGGACAUUCUCGUAUGCAACAUGUAUAAAAGGUUGUGGGGAGUUUUGUUGUUGUUUUGUGUGGGAUUUGGGUUGUUUGGUUUUUGGGUUUUUUUUAAAUGUAUGUAAGAAAUUGAGUAAAUUCACAAAAUGUGUGGGAAUCUUGGUUUGCACUUUGGAUGGAUGGAUGGAUGGAUGGAUGGAUGGAUGGAUGGAUGGAUGGAUGGAUGGAUGGAUGGAUGGAAGCCAGACCCAUGUGUUACAGGCACUGAAGCCCUGAUGUUUCCCGUGUUAUAGAUAGAACCUUUCAACAUGAGUAACUCAAAAUGAACUGCUCCAAGGAAACAGAUUGAUUUAAAUAAUUGCUUUAAUAUGAUUUUACCUCUGCAGUUUUAUUUCCCAGAGAAAUGGUUCUUGUCAGCUCUUGUUGGGUAGUACUAAAAGAAUGAAAUACUUUUCAUUUGCAAACGGACAAAAUUUUAACAUUAAAUGUGACUUUAAAGAACCA